UCGAUCUUAGACUUCCUUGAUCGUUCGAUCGCGCCGGAAGAGACAGAAUCUAGAGGGCGUAAAACCGAUCGAGAGCAACGAGUCUUUUGUGGAACGUUGGAAAACUUGACGGCCUCUCGUUCGAUUCGAAGUGUGGUGAAAUGAACAUAGUUAGCCGAUCGUGUCCGAGGAACACCUACGAAUAAUAAAAACGAAACGACUAUCGAUAUAAGCGACGAGAGACGCCUGGUUGCGACAUAUUCGAAAUUCGAGUUGGCCAAUCGAUUUCGAAACCGGCGAAAUAUCGCUGCUAGCGAAUUCGCUGCACGCGUCACGUACGUACAUGUCAAGAUGAAGCCACGAGGAGAGCCACCGAAAUGCCGAAAUUCGAUCGUCGUUGAACAGUCACUGUCCCCCAGUUUCAUCGCUGGAUCGUCGUUGAACAGUCACUGUCUUCCAGUUUCAUCGCUGGAUCGUCGUUGAACAGUCACUGUCCCCCAGUUUCAUCGCUGGAUCGUUGUUGAACAGUCACUGUCUUCCAGUUUCAUCGCUGGAUCGUCGUUGAACAGUCACUGUCCCCCAGUUUCAUCGUUGGAUCGUCGUUGAACAGUAGAUCACUAGCGCGAUCGAUCGAACGAAACUGUUCCGUUGUGUUUGCCAUGGUGUCCAGGAAAGUAUACCGGAAAGUGCGAGAAGUGAAAGCGCGUGGAAGGUGUUCCUGAAAUUUUCCAACCGAAAGCUUCGACCAAGCAAUAAAUAUCGUUCUGUCCUCUCGCGUAAUCGCGACGAGGUUCACGCGUCACUUUCGACAUCCGAAAUCGUGGGAUUUUCCGCGUUCCUCGCCGCUGAACAGAGAAUCCUCGAGGGUUGGCUAAUCAGCAGUACCAUUUAAAUCGUAUCCGAUCGCACGGCGAAUACGAAUCGCUUGGUUAUCCGUGUUUUUCCUAUUUUCCUAUUUUCCUGGCGGCCACUCGCGGCACGCUUGCUUACGUGAUGGGAAUCACGCGAUCGAGAGUGGUUGCCCGGUGUUUAAUGGGCCGAGUUAUAUAGCCAACUUGCACCGGCAAUCGCGGUCCUGUAGUUUUCUCGAUUCUUUUCCUUCCUCGCGAGUGAAUCUCGUGGCUUCGAGUGAAACGCCUGUGUCGAAUAAUCUCGCUUCGUGUGUGUCGUUCGUCCGUUCGCGAAUAAAGUAUCGGGAUAUUUAUAUUGUGAAGUCGCGCGACGCCUGUCUUUUAAAUGCGUAGUAGUGGACAGAAAGAUCAUCGAUAUUUCGAACUGUUUGAACUUGGUGAAAACGAUUUUAAAGCACGAACUCUCCAGUUUACUUGAGUUCCUCUUUUUUCUUCCAAAGAUGUUUUUACAUUACGAAUGUAAAAGCAGAUGAAAAGCAAAUUUCUAGCAAAUUGUCUACAAAAACCUAUAAAAAUUCAAAUCAUGCAGUCGAUCAAUAUACUGAUAACCGGGUUAUCGCUUCUGUGCUUCGUGCGCCCUCUUCACAGCGAUCCACAAGGAUAUUCGACGAAUUAUGAAUCGUACAAUCCUCGCAGUCCUCGUGCAUCAGACCCGGUGCAUCGUGUCGCAGAACCGCACGAAUGGCACGAUCGUUUUAGCAUUUCGAAAUCUUUACCUCAGCACGUGGCACAGCACGAGGAAACAUUGACGACUACUCGCGAAGAAAAUCAAUUUCGAGAACCUUCGCUUCUGUUGAGCUACCCCGAGAUAGCGUCAGAGGGGAUGUAUCUACAACCGAAAGAAUACGAUCGGUACGGUAAUUUGGAAUCGAGAUAUCGUGAAGAGAGCUCGAGGCGAGACGGAAUGAAUUCUGAAGAUGAGAAGAGAGAGGACGAAGAGGAACUUGUGAGAAAGAUGAGAAUUCUGGAUCAGCUGUUGUCCGAGGAUUCGAGCGGAAAAGAUUUCGAUGCUGACGUAAUUGGAGACAUAAUCAUCCCGGAGGAAUCGAAGAGGGUUGUAAGGGAGGUGAAGAAGAAGAAGCCAGGAUUGUUUUGGUCUUUGGCGAAAGUCACGUUCCAGGCGAUCAACGACACAGCAUCGGCGAUCAAGCAGAUCACUGCCAUCAUCAACAACAGCAUCGUUCCGGAUUCGGCCACAGCCAGCUCGAUCACGAAGGAAUCGUUAACGGCCGCAAAUUCGACCAACGUCCCAUCGAACGGAACAGAAACAACGACGUCAACGCCCACGACGACGCCCGCCGUUCUCACAAGGAAGACGCUAGAGAAACUGAUCAGGCGAAAUAUACUAGGGCUCGUCAGAGUCUUCAACAUCGAAUGGAAGGAAGCGUUAAACCAAUCGGAAACGAACGUGAAAGAGUUCCAGAGGGAUCUAGGGAACCAAAUAGGGAGUUUCUUUCGCGACAAAAGGGACGCUUGACGCCUUGGGACCACUUUCGUUCAUCUUGUUACGACUUUUACUUCCUUUAAGUAAUAAAGUUUGGUCAUCUUCCCGGUAAGAUCGGCAAUGCCGAGGCAUUGGCCGCGCACCAGUCCGAAGACCUCACUAAAUCAUUCAAUCGGUAGUAGCGACGGGCGGUGUACAAAGGGCAGGGACGUAAUCAACGCGAACUUAUGACUCGCGCUUAAUGGGAAUUCCUCGUUCAUGGGGAAUAAUUGCAAGCCCCAAUCCCUAGCACGAAGGAGGUUCAGCGGGUUAUCCGGGUCUUUCGGCCAGAGAAAACACGCUGAUUCCUUCAGUGUAGCGCGCGUGCGGCUCAAAGCAUCUAAGGACUGUUAUUGCUCAAUCUCGUGCGGCUAGAAGCCACCUGUUCCUCUAAGAAGAUUUGUCUGUACGUUGGUAGUAAAAACCCACCGACCGAAGCCGGGGGCCUUCGAGAUACCAUAAGUAAGCAGGCUAGAGUCUCGUUCGUUACCGGAAUUAACCAGACAAAUCGCUCCACCAACUAAGAACGGCCAUGCACCACCACCCACCGAAUCAAGAAAGAGCUAUCAAUCUGUCAAUCCUUCCGGUGUCCGGGCCUGGUGAGGUUUCCCGUGUUGUAAAACACAGUGGCGACAGUGUACGUUCUUCUAGCCAAAGAUCGAGCACAAGUUUUCAGCGUGUGCGGAUCGUCUCUCCUUUUGUAGAAUUGAAAGCGAGAGCCGAGGGCCAUUUUCAAACGAAUCCGGCCGGUGAAAGAAUCAAGGACAAACGCUGACUGUUUCAAAACGCACGAAAGAUCGCGGGCGUUCAUGCUGCUGGCUCGUUGUUACGUCACCUUCAAAGAUCAUCGUCCGAUACUUAUGUAACGCGCGAUUUAUGCCCCGCGUACAACCCACGCGCUCGUUCGCUCGUGUUGACGAUCAGUGAAAGAAGACCGUAAAGAUCAGACGCGAGUUCGAGAAGCAGUAAGUAGAAAGCACUGUCUGGUCGAAUUCGAUUGGUCGUGGACAUGCGACGUGGGAUCAGCUCGAUUCGCCCUUAUAUGUGGAUAUCAACCGGUCAGCAGUCAGGAACUACACGAUCAGUGCUCGUCCAUGGAUCGACGAGAAGAUAGAAUCUGCUUGCACACCGGAGUAGCAUUCUUCGAAAGCGUUUCGAUUUGAAAACGUUCGCGAUUGAUCGAUUUCAUCGAGGACAGGAACAUUUGUGUCGCGUGCCGUUGUUAAUUGAAAUUAAUCUACAGUGGUAGUCUUUGAAAGUUAUUUACACUAAAACUAGCGACGAAAAAGUAUGAUAUUUGUAGAAAAGAAAUUCAAGGGCAAGGUACGAAGAAAAAGUUAAUUCGAUAUAAAGGACACAAGCUUCUAUUGAUAUAUUUUACUAAAAGAGUAUAAAAUACACUGCUGUAAAUAUGUGAAAUUUCCAUUAGUUAAUUAUAGGAAAUUAUAAAUUAGUCAUUUUGACCACUUUGGUAGUUCUAGUGUUAAAUGUAGAUGCUUCGUUUUAUAUUCUGGGAACGAUAUAUUUUAACGAAUAUUUUUCUGUCUGAUAACUAUCGAAACGAAUUAAUUUGUGUUUCAGAUAGUUGGUCGAUUGAACUAAAAUUAAAUUAUCCUUCAUUGUCUUGGUUAUAGAAUUCUCUGACAAUAAGGGAUGACCUGAUUAAUCAA